CAUGAGCCCUGGCUGGGAUGCCGGGUGGGAGCAGGCCCGAAGGGGAGCUCGGGGUCAGGAAGCAGGACGCUGGGGCCCAGGACAUGGGAACCGGGGCCCCUGGGUCCAGGGGAAGGACUCCUAUAGUGGUAGGGUGCUUGGGGCCGUCUUUCUCUCUCUGACCAGGGCCUUAUGUAAGAGCCUUUCUCGGGAAACAGGAAGUCCUCCUUGCCAAGUUCAGCACAGGGAGUAGUGCAGGCCUUAUUCCAACACACCCGGCCUGGCCUUAACCCCAGAACUCAGCCAGUUUCUUGCUUCCGCGACCCUGGUUCUCCUUCCUAUCUACCCCUGCCCCUCCUUUUCCACCUUCUGUCAUUCCCGAAGAUCUCCCCCAUGGCUGAGCCAGAGGGUCUUUACCCCCUCACCCCUGGACCCCCAAGGCUGCCCAGUUUGCCCCUCCAUCCCUGCUCUUGGCACCAUGCCCCGGAGCCAGCCACCCUUCCCUCCCCCACUUCUGGGGCCGUCCCAGGGUUCCUGUGCUCGGCCGCUCCUCCUGGGUGUCACUGGCAGUCCUGUCCUUCCUAGAGAGACUGACACCAAGUUCUCCUGAGGCUGGAGGAGGGUGUGUGUGUGUGUGUGUGUGUGUGUGUGUGUGUGUGUGUGUGUCCGUCCGGAGGGGGCGUCUCGAGACAACACCGGCCCCACAGCGGGGUGCCAGGAGCGCCAACAGUGCCCCUUGCUGGCUCUCCUCCUCCCUUUUUUAUUCUCAAGUUCCUUUUUAUCCCUCCCUUGCGUAACGCUCUUCUUCCCUUCUGUACCCCCACCCUCCCCACCACCUCCCCGCCACCCCACUCCUGAGGCCACAGCCUCCGGCAGGGUCCCCAGCUCAUGCCAGCCUCAUCUCCUUCCUUGCUAGCCCCCAAAGGGCCCCCGGGAGACAUGGGGGGCCCGGCCCGAGAGCCGGCACUCUCAGUCGCCCUCUGGUUGAGUUGGGGGGCAGCUUUGGGGGCCGUGGCUUGUGCCAUGGCUCUGCUGACCCAACAAACAGAGCUGCAAAAUCUAAGGAGAGAGGUGGCUCGGCUGCAGAGGGCCGCAGGGCCCUCCGGGAAGGAGGAAGGGCAUCCAUGGCUGAGCGUCCGGGAGCAGAGCCCCGAUGCCCUGGAAGCCCAGGAGAGUGGGGAGAGAUCCCGGAGAAAGAGAGCUGCACUCACCCAUAAACAGAAGAAGAAGCACUCCGUUCUGCACCUUGUCCCCAUCAACAUCACCUCCAAGGAGGACUCCGAUGUGACGGAGCUGAUGUGGCAACCAGCUCUGAAGCGUGGGAGAGGUCUGGAGGCGCAGGGAUAUGUUGUUCGAGUCUGGGACGCUGGAGUUUAUCUGCUGUACAGCCAGGUCCUGUUCCAUGAUGUGACUUUCACCAUGGGUCAGGUGGUGUCUCGGGAGGGCAAGGGAAGGCAGGAGACUCUCUUCCGAUGUGUCCGAAGCAUGCCCUCCAACCCGGACUGGGCCUACAACAGCUGCUACAGUGCCGGUGUCUUCCACCUACACCAAGGGGAUAUUCUGAGUGUCACAAUCCCCCGGGGAAGGGCGAAACUUAGCCUCUCUCCACACGGAACCUUCCUGGGGUUUGUGAAACUGUGAUUAUGAUAUGGAUGGUGGUUUUGAGCUCGGAAGACAAGGGUGGGUACAUACUGGAGACAGCCAAGAGCGCUUCAUAUGGGUUUGACUGGAACCCUGGGUUUGACGGCUCAUCACUCCGCACUCCUCCCUUUUCCGCCCCACCCCCAUCCCCUAGACUUUGAUGUCCUGGAUAUUAAAGAGGUGUAAUAUCUUGCUUUUGUCCCCCAUCCAGCCCCACAUUCUGGUGGGGGGUGGUGUGGGCAAUGCCAGGCCUUGUCUGGACCUACUUUGGGCCCCACUGGAAUGCUUCCAGAACAGCACCGCCACCUAGCGGCAGUUUGAGAGAACCAGCCUGCGUGUUGGCACAAGCCCACGAAGCCUCCCUCCUCUCGGGAAGACUCGUGGUUUCCUACGCCACAACUCUCCCCAGGUACCUGCUGCCUCCUCGCUCCACAAGAAGCCUCACCCCCACUUCUCUCCCCAGCUCCGGGGGCCCAGUUCCCAGCACUGUCUCCGGGGGUGUGUUUAUUACGCGCGCGUCUGCAGGGGGGUGCCCGACGACGACGGUCCCUUUGCAGCGACAUUACUGCUCGAGUGCCAAGUUCUGCCUUUCCUGCUCUCCACUCCCCCGGCGUGGCGGGCCCCUCCAAGCCCCUCUGGGCUGGGACGGGUGUUCGGGGAGCCUUGGGUAAAUCGUGCGCCCUAAUGCUGGUCUGCCUUCACUCCUCUGGGCUCUUCUUUCUGCCCAAGACCUGCUUAGACUUAAAUAAAAGAGAAUAAACGAC